GAUCUCAGCCUCAGACACAAGAGCUACAGACACUGGUCAUGACUGCCCGGUUGAGGGCCGCCUACCUUGUACCUCUUCUGCUGGUCAGCGUCACGCAGACAAAUGCCAAGCUUGAGAAGAUGAAAAUGGACUGCUACAAAGAUGUGAAAGGCACCAUCUAUGAAUAUGAAGCCUUCCCUCUGAAUGGAAGCGAACACGUUCAGUUCAAUCAGUACACGGGCAAGCACGUUCUUUUUGUCAACGUGGCCACCUACUGUGGUCUGACAGCUCAGUAUCCUGAACUGAACACACUUCAGGAGGAGCUGAAGCCCCUGGGCCUGGUGGUGCUGGGCUUUCCCUGCAACCAAUUUGGAAAGCAGGAGCCAGGAGAGAACUCAGAGAUCCUGCCGGGGCUGAAGUAUGUCCGUCCAGGGAAAGGAUACGUACCUAAUUUCCAGCUUUUUGAGAAAGGGGAUGUGAAUGGUGAGAAAGAACAAAAGAUCUUCACCUUCUUGAAGCUCUCCUGCCCACACCCCUCUGAGGUUCUGGGCUCAUUCAAACACAUAUCCUGGGAUCCCGUAAAGGUCCACGACAUCCGCUGGAACUUUGAGAAGUUCUUGGUGGGGCCUGAUGGAGUCCCUGUCAUGCGCUGGUUUCACCGGACUCCCGUCAGCACGGUCAAGUCAGACAUCCUGGAGUACCUGAAACCGUUCAAAAGUAAAUAG